AGCACAUGGGCCCAGUGGGAGACGCUACUGUAACAUUGAGGCGUGUGGCUAUUUUAUUCCUCUAACGUUUACAAUUUAAUACAUACGUGUUUCCUUGACUUUCAUCAUGGUUCGUGCACUAAGAGCGAAAAAAUUCAAGAGACCGAAAAAGAUAGAGCAAUAUGACGAGGAGGAUCCUGAAGCCUACAAGAACAUGCCUGUCCCUGAUAAGAGAUCUUCAGAGUACACAAAGGACAAUGUCGACAGGUUUCACGAUGAAAAGAUCACUAAACUGCUUGCUCGUGGUGUUAAAAUGGACACGGACCAGGAAGAAAUGGAAGACGAGGAGGAGGUGAUGGCCCUUGAUGAUUCUGAGUCAGACGAGGAGGAAGAUGAACUUGAGGAAGAAGAGGGGUCUGACAUGGACAGUGAUCUAGAGGGGAAGAAAAAUGAAGUGCUCCCUAAUGAAAUGGCAUGGGGAAAGAGAAAGAAGAUGUUCUAUGACUCUGAUUAUGUGGCUAAAAAAGGGAAAAAACAGGAAGAGUUGGAAGAGGAGGACCAAGAGGAGGAAGAAGAGGCUAAGAAUAUUCAGAAACGUUUAGUCGCUAAUUUGAGUGAGGAGGACUAUGAUCUAAACCUUUUUCAGGAAUUUGCUGUGGAAGAGAAAGAUGAAGAGAAGAGUGUUGAAAAGGAAAAGAGAAUUGUGAAGGACCUAAACCAGAUGUCCCAGAAGGAAAAGAUGAAACUUUUGAAGAAUGAAUCACCAGAACUACUUGAACUCAUCCAAGACUUUAAGGCAAAGCUUACAGAACUUAAAGAUGAGCUGCAGCCCCUCAUGGAGCUGGUCAAAGAUGGACAGAUUCCUCCAGGAAAGGGUGCUGACUACCUUAAGACAAAGCAGCAACUAUAUCUGAAUUACUGCACAAACAUCAGUUUCUACUUGGUCCUGAAAGCAAAAAGAAUCCCGGCUCAUAACCAUCCCGUGAUAGAAAGACUACUCACUUACAGAAAUUUGAUCAAUGAACUGAGUGCAGUAGAUGCAAAGCUUGCACCACAACUUUGCAAGCUGCUUGCUGGAGAGCAGAAGGAUAAAGCCACCAUGAGGCCAGGAGAAAGCAAGCGAGCUGGUUUGAAGGGCGAGACGGACAAAAAAGCACUUCUGGAGGGUGCAGAGGACUCUGAGAUAGAUUCUGAUCUGGAUGAGGAGACUGCCCUGUGUUACUACAAAGUAGUGGAGGAGAGAAUUAAACAAAAGAAAAAGAGCAAGGAGAGUGUCCCAGAGGCUGAAGGAUUUGAGGAUGACGGGGAUGAGGAAGAGAUUGAUCCAAAUGCCAAGAGAUCCAUCACCUAUGAGAUGGCCAAGAACAAAGGCCUCACACCAAAGAGGAAGAAGAUUGAUCGUAAUCCCAGAGUCAAACACAGAGAGAAGUACAGACGUGCUAAGAUCCGCAGAAAGGGACAGGUCCGUGAGGUUCGUCGGGAAGAAUCGAGAUACAGCGGAGAGUUUUCUGGUAUCCGUGCCGGCGUCAAAAAGGGUGUCAAACUGAAGUAACCAACCUGACUAUGGGUUUGGGUGUCUGCGUAGAAGAUCACAGUGUA